AUCUCCAAUCUUCUCCACCCUCAGUUCUUGAGUCCAUCUCUUACCAUCUCCUGCACCCAACUCGUAGCUCAUCACCUGCAUUCUUCUUUCUAAGAAAAUGAAGAUCAAGAGGGAGAGCUAUAGGCUCAUAAAGCCAGACUACGGAGACGCCACCCCGCCUCCCACAGACCUCUGCCUUCCUCUUACUCCCUUCGACACAGUGACCUACGAAGGCCACAUCGCCGUGAUAUACGCCUACAGACCUCCCAACCCCACGAACAAGGCCAUCGAAGAAGGCCUGAGGAGGACUCUCGCCGAGUACAGGGAAUGGGCCGGCCGGUUCGUGGAGGACAAAGACGGCCGCCGGUGCAUCCUCUUCAACGACGCCGGGAUGAGGUUCGUGGAGGCCUCCUGCGACUACCCAUUGGGCUACAUGGACAGACCCUCCCCAGAGUACCUGGAGUUGCAUCCGCCGCUCGAGGGAGUGCAGGAGUUGGCCCAGGUGCAGCUCACCCGCUUCUCCUGCGGCUCCCUCGUUGUGGGCUUCACCAGCCAACACAUGGUGGCGGAUGGCCUCGCAACCAGCAAUUUUCUCGUCGCCUGGGGCCGCGCCGCCCGCGGCCUCCCCGUCCAGCCGCUCCCCUUCCGCGACCCGGCCUUGUUUGUCCCCCGGAAUCCUCCAAACUUCCGAUUCGAGCACCGCGGCGUCGAGUACACCGACAAAUUACGAACCGACAUUUCCGGCGUCAGCUCGACCCUUAUAGAAACGAUUAAAGUCCACAAAGCCCACUUCUCCUCCGAUUUUCUGCUCAAACUCAAGGCCAGGGCCUCCGCCAACAGCGGCAUGAGAAAGCCCUACACGACGUUCGACAGCCUCAUUGCUCAUCUCUGGCGGCAGAUCACUCGGGCCCGCGCUCUCCAUCCGGCAGACACCACCGAGAUGCGAAUAGCCGUCAACGGGCGGGGGAGGAUGACCAACCCCCGCGUGCCCUUGGAGUACUUCGGCAACCUCGUGCUGUGGGCGGUGCCCCGAGCCAAGGCCUGCGACCUGGUUCGCCAACCGCUGAGCCAUGCGGCUAGGCUCAUACACGACGCGGUUUCCCGGGUAAACGACGACUACUUCCGGUCGUUCAUCGACUACUCGAGCUCGAAGGAGAAGAUGGAGGGGCUGAUGCCCACCGGAAACGUUACCAGCAGGGCUCUGUGCCCCAACUUGGAGGUCUACAGCUGGUUGAGGUUCCCUUUCUACGACUUGGAUUUUGGCGGCGGGUGUCCUCACAUGUUCACCCCAUCUUAUUUUCCGGACGAGGGCUCGCUCUUCCUGGUUCCUUCGUUCUCCGGUAACGGAGACAUCGACGCCUUCGUAGGCCUGUUCGAGAAGGAUAUUCAAACGUUCGAAGACCUCUGCUAUUCACUAGAGUAAGAAUUGAUCGGGGCUUUCUCCUAGAACCAGAUCCUUCAAUAUCUUUCAACUGUAGACAAAGUGUUGGUUGUAACAACGUAUGAAUGAAUAAUAACAAAUACCAUGCUA